UGUCGACCCUACAACAACAGAAACACACAGAACAAAACAAGAUGGCGAGUGCUGGAACCACCAAAUCCAGUUCCACAGCCUUUUUUGUCUAUCCUGAAACGGGGCUUCGAAGGAAGCUAAAACUGAGGGAUGCGACGCCUAAAAAGCUGAAACAAGCUCUGAAGCUGCCGGGCUAUCCUGUCGUUCUUGUGGACACAGAGGAGGAGGAGGCGAUCUUCGUAGAUGGAGAUGGAAACGACAGUCUGUUCUCCGACUUAGCACCCAACAAACAGUACGAGGUCCAGCUUGAAGAGGUCGACACCACUGAAAUAGCUGAGAGAAGCUGUGAGAUUCCUGUGGACGAACUGCCACCAUUUCCAGCGAACGAGACAAACAAUGAAGAGCAGAACUCACCCAUACAUGAACAGGGCUGUAUGGAGCAGACACAGGACUUUACACAGCAGAUAGACAGGGUUAUACAGGGCCUUACAGAGGGGACGGAUACAGGAAUAUAUGUACAGGGCCGUACAGAGCAGACAGAUACAGGCGUACAUGUACAUGUGCUGGGUACAGAGAAGACAGAUACAGGCGUACAUGUGCCGGGUACAGAGCAGACAGAUACAGGCGAACCGGGCCGUACAGAGCAGACAGAUACAGGCAUACAGGGCCGUACAGAGCAGACAGAUACAGGCGAACCGGGCCGUACAGAGCAGACAGAUACAGGCGUACAUGUGCCGGGUACAGAGCAGACAGAUACAGGCGAACCGGGCCAUACAGGGCAGACAGAUACAGGCGUACAUGUGCCGGGUACAGAGCAGACAGAUACAGGCAUACAGGGCCGAACAGAGCAGACAGAUACAGGCAUACAGGGCCGUACAGAGCAGACAGAUACAGGCGUACAUGUGCCGGGUACAGAGCAGACAGAUACAGGCGAACCGGGCCGUACAGAGCAGACAGAUACAGGCGUACAUGUGCCGGGUACAGAGCAGACAGAUACAGGCAUACAGGGCCGUACAAAGCAGACAGAUACAGGCGUACAUGUGCCGGGUACAGAGCAGACAGAUACAGGCGUACAGGGCCGUACAGAGCAGACGGAUAAAGUUGCGGUGAAACGUACUGCGGAAAAUCGCUUUGUGUGUACGGAAUGCGACUACAGGGCAACCUCGAAGACUAACCUGGUGAAGCAUAUAAGGACACAUACAGGUGAGAAGCCCUAUAAAUGUGACAAGUGUGACUAUUCUGCCACACAGAAAGGCCAUUUAGACCAUCACAUCAAGGCUAAACACACUGGAGAGAAACCCUACAUGUGUGUGGUGUGUGGGUACAGGACUGCUGACGUGUCUGACCUAGCCGAGCACAUGUGGACUCAUACAAAUGUAAAACCCUACAAGUGUGACCAGUGCGACUAUUCUGCUGCGCAGAAAGGCAAUUUAGACCAACACAUCAUGGCUAAACACACUGAAGAGAAAUCCUAUAAGUGUGACCAGUGCGACUUUGCUGCUUCACUGAAAGCUGAUUUAAAGAAACACAAAAAGGCCAAACAUACAGAUGAGAAACCCUACAAUUACAAAUGUGACCUGUGCGACUACUCUACUACACAGAAAGGUACUUUAGACCGACACUUGGCUAAACACACUGGAGACAAACCUUACAAGUGUGAAGAAUGUGAGUACAGGACAGGGGACAGGUCUACUCUACUCGUACACAUGAGAACCCACACAGGUGAGAAACCCUAUAAAUGUGACCUGUGUGACUAUUCUGCUGCACAGAAAGGCCAUUUGGGCCAACACAUGGCUAAACAUACUGGAGAAAAACCCCACAAGUGUAGGGAGUGUGGACACAGGACAGCUUACAAGUCUGCUCUAACGCUACAUAUGAAGACCCAUACUGGUGAGAAACCCUACAAGUGUGACCAGUGCGACUUUUCUACGGCACGGAAAACCAGUUUAAAGGUACACAUGGCUAAACACACUGGAGACAAACCCUACAAGUGUGGAGAGUGUGAGUACAGGACAGUUGAGAAGUCUAGCCUAACCGUGCACAUGAGAACCCACACAGGUGAGAAACCCUACAAAUGUGACCACUGCGACUAUUCUGCUGCACAGAAAGGCCAAUUGGACACACAUAUGGUUAGGCACGCUGGAGACAAGGCCUUCAAAUGUGACCAUUGUGACUUUUCUGCUGCACGCAAACGACAUAUUGUUCAACACAGAGCUUUAAAACACACCGGAGAAAAACCCUACAUGUGUGAGGAGUGUGGAUUCAGGACAGGGUACAAGUCAACUUUUUUGAACCAUAAAAGAAACCACACUGGGGAAAAACGCUACAAGUGUGACCAGUGCAACUUUGCUACUAUGCACAAAGGCAACUUAGUCGUGCACAUGGCAAACCACACUGGAGACAAACCCCACAUGUGUGACCAGUGCGGCUUCAGGACAGCUUACAGUUCUGUUCUAACCAAGCACAUGAGAACCCACUCUGGUGAGAAACCCUUUAAGUGUGACCUGUGCGACUUUUCUUCCGCGUGGAAAGACGAACUAAAAAAACACAUGGCCAGACACUCAGGAGCAAAACCCUACAUGUGUGAGGAGUGUGGAUACAGGUCGGCUGAUAGCUCUAAUUUCUGCAGGCAUAAGAAAACACAUUCUGGUGAGAAACCUCAGAAAUGUGACCAGUUGCAAUACAACCAAGAACCACCUUGGUUCAACUCAGGUCCUGGCGACCAGUUCAACCCAGGUCCUUGGUUCAGCUGAUACAACUCUGUACUAUCAUGAAAGUUCAUCUGUGUUGUUAGUUACAUGUUUGAAGUUAAAACUUUUGGUCCAACACAAAGAAGUUCUCUCA